GUGCUUUCUCUACUAAUCUGAGCCCAGUUGAGUGUCUUAAACUUGGCAAAAGUGAAGGAAGGCAUCUCUAGAGAAACCAAUGUUCAAGAGAUCAAUAUCAAAUCGACCUGAUAGUUUUCAAGCUGUCAGAAACCGAACCUCCAUGUGAGGUGCUUAGAAAGUUUCUAGUGUUACCUUUGAAAGGUGUGGGUUCGGUGCCAACAAGAAAAGUUAUUUAUAAAAAAAUGGGUUGCACAACAUCCAAGGACGGCUCACGUCCUGUUGUGUCACCAGAAGGUCAUGCCAAGCCCUUAAAUGAACAAAACAAUAUGCUCAUUUCAAGGAUAUUAGACUAUCAAAAACAGUCGCGAGAGUAUUUGAAUGAUUUGAUGCUGGAGCCUCGAAGCCUAGUUCCCGAAGAGCUACGAUUUGGAUACAUCUCCACGAAUACUUUCUUUAACAUGUUUCAUGCCGGAUUCUGUGGACCCUACAUAGCCAACCCGAAGUACAUGUUGCUGGUCGAUUUCAGAUCUUUAGAAGAGUUUGAAGAAUCUCAUGUUCACUCAGCCAUGCAUUUCACGGCUAUACCCUGGGAUGCCGUCACUUUCUUCGAUUUUGCCAGUUAUUCUCUAAUUGUGUUCUACGACUUUGAUGGAACUGCGGCCGCCAACAUUUUUUCUGUUCUUUUUCGAGCGCGUCAACGCCUGAAAAAAAUGCGUAUCGAUGUUCUAGUAGUAUUAGGGGGCUUGAAGAAUUUGAACCGUCGAUUUCCUCACCUAAUAUAUCGAGGAAACGAACCAGGAAACCGUGUGAUACCUUGGAUGCCCACCCUGAUUAAAAACGAGCAAGUUUUCUUGGGAAGACACGAGCAAUCUGAGGAGAAGACAGUGAUCAAGGGCCUUGGAAUCACGCAUGUCCUCUCAAUUGGAAGGAGCCCCGAAAACUGUUUCCAUGGUGUUCUCUAUCACGGACUGGAUGGAGAAACCGACUUGGAAGAAACUUUUCGUACCUCGUUCAAACUUAUUUCCGACGUCGUCAAUGAAGGGGGACGUGUGUUGGUUCAUGGAGUGGAUGGGUUAAAUCGUUCGGCAGCCGUAAUCAUUGCUUACCUCAUGAAAUCUCAUCCAGCCUUACUCGAAGAGGCCUUUUUCUAUGUUCAAACGUUGAGGCCUUUCGUUAGGAUGGAUCAAGGAUGUGUUGAAGCCCUGAUGAGAUACGAAAGGGAGCUUUUCGGUUAUUCGAUCACAGAUCUAGAUGAGAUGUUGUGGAUUUAGUUUAUGUGGCUAAGAUAUUUGUUAGAUCCAACCCAAAGCACUCCCUUGUUAAGUAUUCAAAUCAAUAAAGGUUAUUUUUCUAUUGUG